UGAAAGCUAUUUUGGUAACUAUAACAUAUAUGGAAAAUGAUCAUAAUCCACUCUUUCUCUCUCUCCCUCUGUAUAUAAAUAUACACACCAAACUGAUCAGUAGUAUUAUUAUAAUAAUAAUAUACAUGCGUGCAUGUAUGCAGUAGUACUAUAGUGGUGGAUCGUACGGUCUCUCUCUCUAAUGGCUUUCAAACUCCAUUAUUAUUUACCACUCACUUUGUUCUUGGUCUCUUUUAUCGCUCAUGUAGCUGUAGUCCAGUCUGCUUCUUCUUCACCUUCAAAAUGGAGCUCAAAGCAAAGAGAAGCAGCAGACUACGACAAGUGGUUGUCUUGGAACUUAGAAAAUUAUCGAACGCAAACUACGAUGGUUUCCGAAUUAAGAAGCAGCCGGAAUAGAUCAGGCGGUUCCGGUGGGGCGAGGGAAUCAACCAAGGAGGGAGUGAGCGGAGUAGUAGAUGAAGCUUUAAAGAAGGCUGAGAUGAACAAAAUGAAUAUAAGCGUGGGCCAAGAUGGAACCGCUGAUUUCACUACUAUCACCGAAGCCCUCAACUCCAUUCCCCCUCCCAACACCAGGAGAGUCAUUUUGACUAUCAAACCAGGUGUUUAUAGGGAAAAAAUAACGAUUCCAAAAAGUUUGCCGUUUAUUACACUGUUGGGCGACGGUGAUGAGCCCCCACUGAUUACUGGAAACGACACCGCAUCUGUCACUGGAAAAGAUGGGAAACCUUUGAGGACGUUUCAGAGUGCAACGGUUGCCGUCGAAGCUAACUACUUCAUCGCCAUCAACCUCAAAGUUGAGAACACGGCUCCACAUGAGGUUGGGUCGCGGAAAGGACAAGCGGUGGCGAUGAGGAUAUCAGGAACGAAGGCUGCAUUUUACAACUGCAGCUUUUAUGGAAGCCAAGACACUCUGUACGAUCACAAGGGCCUUCACUACUUCCACAACUGCUUCAUCCAAGGCUCCGUCGACUUCAUUUUUGGGUACGGCAGAUCCUUAUACGACGGCUGUUAUCUCAACUCAACAGCCAAGAAAGUGGCCUGGGCGACAGCCCAGAAGAGGAGCAUUACAUCCUUAGAAAGUGGGUUUUCCUUUAAAGACAGUGUGGUCACUGGGAGUGGGCACUUGUACCUUGGAAGAGCUUGGGGUGACUAUUCAAGGGUUGUCUUCUCCUACACUUUUAUGGAUAACAUUGUUAUUCCUCAAGGAUGGAGUGACUGGGGUGACCAAAAGAGAGAUCAAAAAGUGUAUUACGGUGAAUACAAGUGCAGUGGACCAGGAGCCAACUUGGCCGGUAGAGUUCGAUGGGCUCGAAUGCUGACAGAUGAAGAGGCUAAACCUUUCAUUGGGACCUACUACGUCCAAGGGGACAAUUGGCUUAUUCCAUCUUAAUUGCCUUGCCUUCAUUGUUUAUUUUUUAUUUAUAUUUAUAUUUAUAUUUAUAUAUCUUAAUUAUCAUAUUUAUACCGCUGAUUAAUCUCAUAAAUAAUGUCUUGACUAUUCAUUACUACCUCAAACUAGAAUUUGGGGAAAUGUACGGUAACACUAUUAUGUCGGAAACAAAAAUGUUUCCUCAGUUUUUAUAUAAUAUUUAUUCCUUUAUUAUUGUUUGGACAAAAUUUGUGUAGUGUGAAUUACUUAUAUAGUAUGAAUUUUUAUGUUAAGAUCAUAAGAUGAAUGACAUGUUUACUCAUUUACAGUGUAGUAUAUCUAUAACAUGAAUAGAAGAAUUGAUGUUCACAAACAAACAAAACAAAAAAGAAGACUUGUUUUUAUCUUUUGUGCUUU